CAAUAACAAACAGACUGCCUCAACUGUCCCAAUAACUUCAGUGUGUACAGCAUAGCAUAACAACAUAUUUGGACAAUUACAGAAUUGGACAUGUAGACACACUGUUGCUUUAACCAAGGAGGUAUUAAAUAAGCUUAUUUAAUACCUCCUUGCUUUAACCUGCUGAGAGUGUAAAAUAUCUAUCAAAGCACUAUCAUAUUAUGUAUUGUUCUGAUUUCCUAACAUAUUUCACAUCUGGUUAGUCUAGACCAUUAUGUAACAAUUGCCUGGUAGAGUUUAGUGACACCAUCCAUGGAGGUUAAUAACAUUACCUACACAUAACACUGGAGACAAGAAUCUGUUGAUCUUACUUCUCUUUUGCAUUUACAUCUGGACAUCAACAACUUACUUUAAGAUGCUUUAAGUGUUACAUAACUAAGUAUUACAUAACAAUUCUUAAAAGGACCAAUGAAACAUCAAAGAACAUAUGAAAUUUAAUAGUAGGUGUGUCUUAUCUAACUAUAAAGAAAUGUUCAACAUUGUAUUCAAUCACCUUCCUAUAAAACCGACUUUCAAACGAUUACCAAGUGCUUACAGUGAAAUGAAUGCAGCUCUUCGCAGCCUGAAAUCCUCAUACAGAGGUAUUGAACAGUCUACAAUUGAGAAACGCCAACAUGAUGCCAAUUGCAUAGAAACAGAAUGGGAUAAAAUAUGCCCAUCUGAUGUAUCUUCAAUCUUCAAGGAAUGGGCUACAUCUAUUGGUGCACCACCAGAGUUUCUUUUCUUUCCUUUCCUGACAGUUGCCAGUGCAAUGAUGCACAUUGACACAGUGGUACAAAUUCGACCAAGCUGGUCUGAACCCCCCAUUAUAUGGACCAUUUUGGCAGCUCGCAAAGGAGAGAAGAAAUCUGCAGCCUUAAAGCUGAUAAUUGAUGCCUUAACCAUGGUAGCUAAGCAAGAGAGUGAUACUCCAGAAAGUACUCCAAAUGAUAAAACUACUCCAAGUGACAAAAGCAAACAGGAAAAGGUGUUGUUCAUGACCAACACCCAAUUCACAUUUCACAAAUUACAUGAGGUGAUGAAAGAAAAUCGUGGAGAAGCCUUGCUUGUGUACGAUGAGAUAGCUUCUCUAUAUGAGCAAUUAGAACAUGGAGCAAAUGGCAGUCAAUCUGAUCGCAAAAUCCUUUUGUCACUUAAUGGUGGAGAUGCCUGGAGCAGAGCCUCACAGAACAGUGGCCAUCAGGCUAUGGCUAAAACAAUGUUUAAUUAUACAGGUUUCAUGCAGCCUACCAUAGCAAUCCACAUGCUCAACCAAUUUGACUUCGACGGAUUCAAUGAUCGACACAUGGCCAUUUUGUGUGUCAAAAGGAAACUUGUACUAUUCAAGGACAUGAGGCAACCAGAUGAAGAUACACUAAGUUUGGGAGAAAUCCUACUCAAAAUUAGGAAUGAACAUGCACACGGCAGGACCUAUAAAUUUAAUGAAGAGGCAACAAACUGCUAUGCCAAAUUUUAUGACAACAUCGAAGAAAGAAUGAAUGAGAUGGACAGGUUCGAGGAUCACAAGGGUGUUCUUGCCAAAUCCCAAGGUCAAUCUGCAAGACUGGCUAUGGUGUAUCAGGCCUUAUUUGAUGCUAUCGCAUUGUGCCAAGCUGAGCUACAGUACAACACACCUAUGCCAAGUACCCCGUGGGGUACUCCAAACAAUGAUGUUGUAAUACAACUCUCCACGAUCAAACAUGCGAUUGCCACAAUAGAAUUAUGCAUCAGGCACAAGUUUGCAUUAAUGCCGCCAAUCAAUAAGGACACACAACAAACAACCGCAGACCAAGCUGAUGUCUUUGGUGACAUCCUCAAAAAUCAUUCCAAGAAAGUAUGCAACCUUUUGACACGACUAGCAGUCAAUACACCCUACAAUUCAUAUAUGAUUGCUGCCAGACACUUGAUUCCACCUGCGAAACCAAAAACAGGGUCAUCGUCAGAUAAACACAAAACUGCGUAUCCGACAGCAAACGCUGUGGAAUUCUUAGAGAAAAUCCAGCAACUUGGUUUUGGAAAAUUCAGUGACAACAAAUUCUCAAAGAAGCCGUAUACUUCAUUGACACCAGAGGCUAAAGCUACACUUUGCUCGCUGGGUAUAACCGCUGUCUCUUAUACACAUCUAGAUGUGUAUAAGAGACAGGGUUUAUACUAA